AUGGCAAGAAGUAAUGGACAAGGAGGCAGAUGCAUAGGUAGAGGAAGAGGCCUGUUGUUCAAGCCAAUAUUUACCCAAAUUCACAACAAAGUGACAAGAGGUAAUGGACAAGGAGUUUUACCAUCGUCACAUGUUGGCUUAGGAAGAGGUUUACCAUCUUCAAAGCUAAAUGCAAUUAGAGGAAGCGGCUUAGGAAGAGGCAUAAGUAGAGGACGAGGCUUACCAUCUUCACAGCCAAGUGUGGCAAGAAGAAGGGGACAAGGAGAAGCAGAUUUGGACAACACUUCCCAUGAUAAUAACAUGGCCUGA